UACUUCACCACAUAGCUAACUACCUAGCGCUGCACUAACCAACCAGUAGCCAACUAAUUAUUAAGGAGAACUGGUCCAUGGCGCCCAAGCACCUCCCCGCCAUCCUCCUCGCCGCCUGCGCCACCCUUCUGGCCCUCGCCGUGCCCUUGCUCGCCGGCGACCCCGACAUGCUCCAGGACUUCUGCGUCGCCGACUACAAAUCCCUCGACGGCCCACUGCGGCUGAACGGGUUCCCGUGCAAGAGGCCGGAGAACGUGACGGCGGACGACUUCUUCUCCUCGGCGCUGGCACUCCCGGGAAACACCGGAAACCCGGUCGGCUCGGCGGUGACGGCGGCGAACGUGGAGAAGCUCCCGGGGCUCAACACUCUCGGCGUCUCCAUGUCCCGCGUGGACUACGCACCGUGGGGCGUGAACCCGCCGCACACCCACCCGCGUGCGACCGAGAUCAUCUACGUGCUUGAGGGCUCCCUCGAUGUCGGUUUUAUCACCACCGCCGGCAAGCUCUUCGGCCGCACCGUCUGCAAGGGUGAGGUUUUCGUCUUCCCCCGGGGCCUCGUCCACUACCAGAAGAACAACGGCGGCCCACCCGCCAUGGCUGUAUCAGCAUUCAACAGUCAGCUGCCGGGCACACAGUCCCUCGCCGUGGCGAUGUUUGGUUCCUCGCCACCGGUGCCAACCGACGUGCUAGCCCGAGCGCUCCAGAUCGACGGCGGCCUGGUGGAGGCCAUCAAGUCCAAGUUCCCGCCAAAGUAACUAGCCACGAGGUUGUUUCUGUUUGGGUCGGCUCUACGUGCGUACGUGCUGCUAAUAAUAAUAACGAGGAACCACGUAAAAGUGCGGUUUUAAUUCAUUUGCUUGAGAAUAUCUUUUGUGUAGUACACUCUGAUUCUUUUGUGUCGGUGCAUGUUUAGUGAAGGGCCUCGUCGGAUUUACUGUUUAUUGUUGCUUUUUUUUUUCUUGAUAUAUAAAACCAACUGGAUGUGCCGUUGUUGCUGAAUGAAUGUGCCGAAUUGCUUGAA